GGCAGUUGCUUCUCGUCCAUUCAUUCGUAAACAAAUCCUAAAAUCAUUAGAACGUUUUGGACAUUUCACCGGAGUUUAUAUUGAGCAUGUUCGAUAUCUAACAAAAAACUCACUAAACUUCAGCAUUUUCGCAGAACGGUAUAACAUGCUAAUUGUAAAUAGGGGUAGGACAUUAAAGCUACACAGAUGUUUAUUACCUAAUCGUGUACACAGCGAACGAAAACUCACAAAUAACUACCAUCCGUGCACCGAACCGCCCUACGACGUGAUCGUCGUCGGCGGUGGUCACGCCGGGACGGAAGCAUGCACGGCCGCCGCCCGGAUGGGUGCCAGAACGCUGCUGGUGACCCACAAGAAAGCCACCAUCGGUGAAAUGUCCUGCAAUCCGUCGUUUGGUGGCAUCGGAAAGGGGCAUCUGAUUCGGGAGGUUGAUGCCCUGCAUGGCGUUUGUGGACGCUGCUGUGAUAAGAGUGGAGUACAGUACAAGGUGCUAAACAAACGGCGUGGUCCAGCCGUCUGGGGACCACGAGCGCAGAUCGAUCGAAAAUUGUACAAAGCGGAAGUACAGCGGGAGCUGGCGGCUACGAGAAAUUUGAAUAUUGUUGAAGCUUCGGUUGAAGAUAUCGUACUAGAGGGGUUUGAAGGCGAAUCGAAAAAUAGAAUAAAAGGAAUAAGUUUGAAAAAUGGCACAGUAAUAGAAACUAAAUCGCUGGUUAUUACUACGGGGACUUUUCUGAGAGGACAAAUCAAUAUUGGGCUGAAAACGAUGCCGGCCGGUAGAAUGGGUGAUGAACCAGCAAUUGGAUUGGCGAAAAGUCUUGAUGAACUGGGGUUUCGUCUUUCGAGGCUGAAAACUGGAACUCCACCUCGAAUAAAAUCAUCCUCGAUUAAUUUUAGCAUUCUUAGCAAGAAUUCAGGGGAUAAUCCACCCAUUCCAUUCUCCUUCAUGAACGAUCGAGUUUGGUUAAAUGCAGAGGAUCAGCUGGACUGCUAUCUGACUAGCACAAGCACCGAAGUGAACGAGAUUGUUAAGAGAAAUCUACACUGUAAUCGACAUGUGACGGAGGAACUGACCGGCCCCCGAUACUGUCCAUCGAUUGAGUCGAAGGUGCUGCGAUUCGGUGAAAAAACUCAUCAGAUCUGGUUGGAACCGGAAGGUUUCGAUAGUGAAUUGAUUUAUCCCAACGGGCUUUCUUGUACUCUGCCAGAAGAGGAACAGGUUAAAUUGGUUCGUUGUCUGCCGGGAUUGGAACAGGCUGAAGUCGUGCGGCCCGGCUAUGGAGUGGAAUAUGACUUUGUUGAUCCGAGAGAACUUUUUCCGACAUUGGAAACUAAACGAGUGGAUGGAUUGUUCUUUGCUGGGCAAAUCAACGGCACUACAGGAUACGAAGAGGCCGCUGCUCAGGGUGUUUUGGCCGGAGCGAAUGCUGCUGUUAAAGUUCAGGGUAAAGAGCGAUUGAUGAUUAGUCGAACCGAAGGCUAUUUGGGGGUGUUGGUUGAUGAUUUGACUACGCUAGGCACUAAUGAACCUUAUCGGAUGUUUACCAGUAGAGCAGAGUUUCGGCUUAGUUUACGACCGGAUAAUGCAGAUCUGCGGUUAACGGAAAAAGGGUACCAACUGGGAUUGGUUGACAAGGGCAGGUUUCGGAAAAUGGUUGAUAUUAGAGAUAAAUUGAAAAGAGCGACCGAAUUGCUGAGUGACAUAAAAAAGGGAAGCAAUACCUGGCGGGAGAAGCUGGGUCUGCCUUUAGGAAAGGCGAGUAUAUUUAAAAGUGGGUUUGAGAUGCUUGCGAUCAGCGCGGAUGAUAUUGCGACAGAACGGUUGUGUGACUUGGAACCCCAGGUGCUUGGUUGGAUUAGAGAAGAUCCAUUGCUCUGUCAAAGGCUAAAGAUCGAAGCCUUGUACAGCUUGUCUAUCCAGGAGCAAGCUAGAGAAGUGGAAGAAGUACAAAAACACGAGCGACUUCAUAUUCCUAGUUCAAUUGAUUAUCUAUCGAAGACGCUUAAUCUCUCAUUCGAAGAACAAGAGAAGCUUGUUAAUAUCCAACCUCAAACGAUUGCAGCCGCCAGUCGAAUACAAGGAAUAACACCAUCCACUAUCGUUCGACUCGUACGAUAUGUAAAACAGCAAGAAAUGACCACAUUCUGUUAACAUGCUUAGUUUCCGAACAAAAUGUGUGGAAGAGAAAACCAUUUCUUCAGUAGAAAAUAUACUUUACUCGCGGUAAUAAUAAAUAGUCAAUAUCGAAAAAAUAAAUACUUGUAUAUACACACUA